CCAUCGUCCUCUUCGGCGCACCCCGCACGCUCUCUCCCGAACUCCCAAAACCCUAGAAGAAGAGAGCCUCCUCCACAGUCCCUGCCCCCUCCAAUGGCGUCCCACGCCCCGAACCUCGAGUGCCGCAUGUACGAGGCCAAGUACCCGGAGGUGGACAUGGCGGUGAUGAUCCAGGUGAAGAACAUCGCCGACAUGGGUGCCUACGUCUCCCUCCUCGAGUACAACAACAUCGAGGGGAUGAUCCUCUUCUCCGAGCUCUCCCGCCGCCGGAUCCGCUCCGUCAGCAGCCUCAUCAAGGUCGGCCGGAUCGAGCCCGUCAUGGUGCUCCGGGUCGACAAGGAGAAGGGAUACAUCGACCUGAGCAAGCGGAGGGUGUCCGAGGAGGACAUCCAGGCGUGCGAGGAGCGGUACAACAAGAGCAAGCUCGUCCACUCCAUCAUGCGCCACGUGGCGGAGACCCUGGGCAUUGAUCUGGAGGAACUGUACGUCAGUAUUGGCUGGCCUCUGUACAGGAAAUACGGACAUGCGUUUGAGGCAUUUAAGAUAAUUGUGACAGAUCCCGAUUCAGUUCUUGAUUCACUAACCCGUGAGAUCAAAGAAGUUGGUCCCAAUGGACAAGAGGCGACAAAAGUGGUCCCUGCUGUGUCGGAGGAAGUGAAAGAUUCUUUGGUAAAGAAUAUUAGGAGAAGAAUGACCCCACAACCAUUGAAGAUACGAGCUGAUAUUGAAAUGAAAUGUUUCCAGCUUGAUGGUGUUCUUCACAUUAAGGAUGCUAUGAGGAAAGCUGAAGCUGCUGGAAACGAUGAUUGUCCUGUGAAAAUCAAACUGGUUGCACCUCCACUUUAUGUCCUCACUACUCAGACUCUGGACAAGGAGCAAGGAUUGGCAAUUCUUAAUAAAGCUAUUGCAGCCUGCAGUGAAGCUAUUGAGAAGCAAAAGGGGAAACUCGUUGUGAAGGAGGCCCCUAGAGCGGUGAGUGAACGGGAUGACAAAUUACUUGCUGAGCACAUGCUUCAGUUGCACCGGGACAACGAGGAGGUUAGUGGAGAUGAAGAUAGUGAAGAAGAGGAAGAUACAGGUAUGGGAGCAAUUGAUGUGGAAAAUGCAGGUUCCGGAAUAACGGAGUAAGAGAAGCAAGCCUUUUGUAACAAAUUAUCCCAAACCAAUUUUUUUCCCUCUGGAACGGGGUUUUUGCGGUUGUACAAAGUGAGUUUCAAAUUGUACUAUUGAGCUUUUCUCCUUGUCUGUGCCUGUUGGCUUUGAUAAUCUGAAUUGAUGAUUUAGGGAA